ACUUGGGGUGUGCAAAGCAAUAAACUGUGCAUAGUGAUCACUGAAGCCAGUAUUAAGAUUUCCGGCCCAGAAAUUGUUAUUUACAUUUGUGUUUAUUAAUAUCUGAUCAAUUGGUGUACUAGUUGUUGGUGUAACUCUUGUAGGAGAGUCAAUGGUGGUUUUUAUGUUAUAUGUUUCCAGUAGGGUCAUCAAGCUUUGCUGGUCUUUUGAGAUUUAUUGAAAAUCUAUAUUAAAAUCUCCACAUAUGAUCACUGUUUUGUUGAAGUUUUUUAUGGUGUUUAAAGCUGCUUCUAGUUGGUGACAGAAAUCAUUUAAGUUCCCAUCAGGGCUCCUAUAUACACAGAUGAUUAUUAAUUUUAAUGCAGAUACUUCAAAAAUUUUCUCUUCAGCUAACAGUUCAAUGGGUUUUAUGUUAAAAUAAUCAAUGCCACUUUUAACAAAUAUACAUGACCCUCCAUGACUGGAUGUAAUUCUACAAAAUGAUGAAGAAAGAUUGAAGUCUGCAAGUUUUGUGACUGACAUUGCAUCUUUAGGCAGCCAGUGUUCGGUUAUACACACUACAGAAAUGUUUUUUAGCUCAUCAGUACAUAAAAUUUCAACUUCAUUUAAUUUGUUUAGCAAUGAUUGGACAUUUUGAUGAAUCAGCAUGAAAUUAAAGGGUUUGUUAGGCUUUGGCAUAUUUAAUUGAUCACUUACCUUUACCUUGUCAAUAAAAAAUCAUUCAGGUCUUGCCAUCAUCAGUACAUGAAGCAGUUCUCACUUUAUUUAGCAUCAUUUCAGCUUCCAGUUGUUCAUAGUGUAGCUGUUCAGUGCAUCAUACUUUUUUUUUAUUUUAGUGGGAGUAUGCGGUUAAAUACUUAUUUUACGUAGACGAAAUUUUUAAAUUGACCGCCCGACAUUCCUGCGGAGAUUCUAGGCAAAGGCCACCAGGUGGCUCAGUUGGGCGCGUUACGAACGCAGUGAUUGAGAGUGAAGCUGAAAUGUAGUGUGUGUGAGUGGAAAAUGUGGCUUCUAGAAUUGAGGUUGAGUUUGUUUCCAACUGUAUGUGUAUUUCCAUUGAAGUGUAACGAACAUCAAGUUCCAUGCAUGUGUAUAAUAUCGGGAUAUGCGGCCGCCAAGACGUCGUGAGAAAGCAUAAUGACGCUGGCUGCAAUAAUUGUGAACGGCGCAGGUAGAAACUAGAAAUUGACAACUGGCGCCAGUUCAUCGUGUCGCUUGUGCUACUUCUCGAUGUGACCCAAUUUUUGACGUAGCUUCAGUUGCCAGUGACGUAUGGCAAUGAUAUCUUGUUGUGACAGAAGUUAUAAACGGCAAGCAGAUGUACGAUGUGUUGCCCUGUCUGUUUAAGCAAUUUUGCGGAAAAGGCGUAUGUAAUCUGAUCUUACCAAUUUCUGUGUUACUUCGCCCAGAGACUCCCAUAUCGACCAGGAAUGGUGACUGUUGUUUGUGUUGGGGAAUAUAAAGUUUUUCUGUGGACUGCGUGUUAACGCCAGAUUGAUUCUCCGUAGGGGCAAUGAGACUGAAUACAGGAGAGGUGCUAAACAAUGUGAAUAGACGUAUACGUUUGUGUCGCUGAUAUGCAUCAUUGCAGCUCACAGGUUCAUGUUUUCCAAGUGACAAAAGUUGGAAGGUGUUUAUAGGUAACAGUGGACACAUGUUGUUUGGUUGUCUACUUACUUUUCUAGUUGCCUCUUGCCACAAUUUUUCGGUGUUCUCACCAAAUUUACGGAAGUGAGGACUGUAAACUACGCUGAAGAAUAGUCUCUUCUUACAUGUUGUGCCAUACGUCGACGGUAGUCUUCAUCAUGACCACGGUUAACUCUGUAAACAAGCGCCCAGUGCGUGCGAAAGGGAGGUAAAAGAAACAUCAAAACUUGAUGAAGACCUGCUUGUGUGUAUUGGAAAAAAUGCAGGCUACACAGGUCAGAGCAGCACCAAAAUGACCUGCACAGCGACGUGAAAGACGCCUGUCUUCAUGUGUACCAUGUCUGGCAAGGUGAAAGGAUACCCGGGCAAGUCAGUGGCUGAGCAGGUGGCUGCCCCUCCCCCUCCACGCUAUCAGCCACCCCCACAAGCUCCGGGUGCAGGUAUUCUGAAGCAGCAGCCACAACCACCCCCGUACAUACCACCUAAAGACGCAAAGCUGUACCCUGCCUCUGUGGAGGCAGCGGCGGCAGCAGCAGCAGCCAAACAGCAUCAGCAACAGUACCUCCCGCCUGACCCAGUGCAGGCUCGCUACUACGGACAAGCUGUGGUGGACAGCUACCACGUGCAGGCACAGUAUCCGCCACCACAAGCGACCAACCGCCGUCCUCCUACUGUCCAGCAAACUGCUGCAGCAGCUCACCCUGGACAGCUUGCAGGUGCCCCCGAAAUGCUGAAAUUUGUACGGAAGAUGCCUGGGGCUCCAGUUGCACCGACACAAACGGUUCCACCUUCUACUGCUGCUGCGAUUGGUGUACCUGAAGCUCAACCGACCCCAUCUCAAGCAUUAGCAGAGCAGGUCAGAAGACUGCAGUCUGAAGUUAGAGCACUGAAGGAAGCCAAUAGAAGACUAAGUGAUGACAACCAGGAACUCCGGGACCUAUGUUGCUUUCUGGAUGACGACAGGCAGAAAGGUCGCAAAUUGGCUCGUGAGUGGCAGCGCUUUGGACGUUACACCGCAAGUGUCAUGCGGCAGGAGGUCUCUGCGUAUCAAAGCAAGUUGCGGGAGCUAGAUGCAAAGCAGCAGGAACUUAUCAAAGACAAUCUGGAGCUGAAGGAGCUAUGCCUGUAUCUGGACGAGGAGCGUGGUGGACAGCAGAAUGGUGUGUGUGCAGCGUGUGGGGCCAGUUUGCGUCCAGGUCUCCGUGACGACGGUGAUGGGUCGAGCUCCAGCACGAAUGCCGACGAGCCUCCUGUGCAGCCCCCUGCGGGAUCUCAAUUUGCGCAUCGGAUUGCCAGCAGUGGGACGAACACGGACCGCACGAACCACCACAGUGCUGGUGCCAGCAGGCACCGUGGCAGUGGAAAUGUUUUCAACGAUCAAAUGAUGCAUUAUGUGCGGUCAUUGGAACAACGAGUGAAGCAGCUGGAAGAGGAGAAGAUACUACUUCAGCAAAAACUGGGUGGAACUGAUGACGGCAUUGUUGCAUCCAGUUGGGACCCUGAUAGUAGUGGCCGACCGGAGGCUGUAGUUCAGGCACUCCAAGUGCUUGAAGUUCGCGAACAGCUAGAGAGAGGUAGCAAUGGGCCUCACCCUUCCUCCACUUACAUUCCUCACCAGCAGCAGAAUCCCACAGUUGCGAGUACAAUGAAUGCGGCAGGAGAUGAUCUUGAUGACGGUGAGAAAGCACUUGUCAGGGAGAUGUGCAAUGUUGUUUGGCGGAAACUUGAAGAAGGUCCAGGUCAGCGAAGAUAACGUGUUGAAUAUAAUUCAGAUGAAAUCUCCUGUUGUUAAUUGUAAUUUGUAUGCCUAUGAGAGAGUAUUUUGUUAAUUAUUUAUUAUUAAACCCAGUAUUUUUGAGGCUGUCUGAUGAUGUUAUUGACUUGUUGGAUAUUCAAUCAGUAAAGAGCUAAUGAAAAGUGGCAGUUGUCUCCAUAAUGACUGCAAGAAGUGGAUGUAUCUUAAGUGUUUCUUAUAUCCCACCACAGUAUUUACAAGUUACAAACUGUACAGGGUUAUUAUAUGAGAUGUGACACAUUUUAAGAGUUUGUAUAUAGUUUUAACUCAUGUAUGUGAAUAUUGUACCAUAGUAAGUUAUUUUUAUAUCUGUUAUCUCUGUGCAGUACAAUAAUUACCACCCAGUCCUAUUUUGUAAAAUCCAUUAUAGAAGUCAGUGCCUCGUCACUUCUUAUAUAUGUAAAUUGACUAUUUUUAUAGUUCUGUUCUUUAACAGAAGUGCUCAGUCAGCACUUAGUGUGCCGAAGAUAUUUUUGUGAAAUUAUUAGAGAGAUGUGUAUUCUUGCCUUUCUGAAUGAAAUCUCUGUGAGACGUAUGGACCAAAUGCUAUUAACCAUUGCCUUUUAACAAUAGUACAACUCUGAGAAAGUGAUUUUUGCUUUCCAGAAGAAGGGUGUUAAGAAAGCUGCUAUUGUCUUUGAGAGCAUUCUGUGUUGAAAAUUUAUUCUUUAUAUGUCCAAAAUAUAAAUAUGAUUGUUUAUGAA